CAGUCCCCGACCCUCGCAGAAGGCCGGAGGGCAGCGCCGCGGCAGCCUCAGCAUCAUGUUGUCCCGAGUGGCGAGCGGCAGCAGCAGGAAGCUGGCACCGGCUUUGGGGUGUCUGGGCUCCAGGCAGAAGCACAGUCUCCCCGACCUGCCUUAUGACUAUGGUGCUCUGGAGCCAUACAUCGACGGCCAGAUCAUGCAGCUGCACCACAACAAGCACCACGCGGCCUACGUGAACAACUUGAACAUCACCGAGGAGAAGUACCGGGAGGCGCUGACCAAGGGAGAUGUGACAACUCAGAUAGCUCUUCAGUCUGCACUGAAGUUUAAUGGCGGAGGUCAUAUCAAUCACAGCAUUUUCUGGACAAACCUGAGCCCUAAUGGUGGUGGUGAACCCAAAGGAGAGUUGCUGGAAGCCAUCAAACGUGACUUUGGUUCCUUUGAAAAAUUUAAGGAGAAGCUGACAGCUAUAUCUGUUGGCGUCCAAGGCUCAGGCUGGGGUUGGCUUGGUUUCAAUAAGGACCAGGGACGCUUACAGAUUGUGGCUUGUUCUAAUCAGGAUCCAUUGCAAGGAACAACAGGCCUUAUUCCACUCCUGGGAAUUGAUGUGUGGGAGCAUGCUUAUUACCUCCAGUAUAAAAAUGUCAGACUUGAUUACCUAAAAGCUAUUUGGAAUGUGAUCAACUGGGAGAAUGUAACCGAGAGAUACACGGCUUGCAAAAAGUAAAACACAGUCAGUAUACUGAAUAUGCCAAACUCUCUAUGACUAUUUUUGUAGUAGUUUAGAGUACUGCAGUAUACAAUAAGCUGCUCUAUUGUAGCAUUUCUUGAUAUUGCUUAUUCACAUGUUUGAUAAACAGUUUAAUUCUAUGAAUAAUUUGUUAUUUAAACAUUUCAUUAUUGGCAAAUGAUUGAAAUAGUAAGUGCUUUGUGUGAUUGAAA